AUGAUCAUCACUUGUACCAUUCUCCAGCCAGAAUGUCUGAAUAAUGAUCAGCACAAACAAAGUUCAGGUUGGAGAUUUUUUCAACUCCGUUGCAAUGAAAUCAUCCCUGCGGAUAUACUGUUGCUAUCCUCAAGUGAUCCUGACGACUCUGUCACAUAGGAAACCGCCAAUCUGGAUGGGGAAACAAACUUGAAACAGAGACAAGUAGUUAAAGGAUUCUCAGAACUGGAAUCAGAAUUUAACCCUUUGAAGUUUAAUAGUAUCAUUGAUUGUGAGAAGCCAAACAAUGAUUUGAGCAGGUUUCGAGGAAACAUUGUUCAUACAAACGGUAAAAAGGCUGGACUUUAUAAGGAAAAUUUACUUUUACGAGGAUGCACUCUUAGAAAUACUGAGGUUGUAUCUGGAAUUGUUGUUUAUGCAGGCCAUGAGACCAAAGCUUUGUUAAACAACAAUGGACCACGUUACAAGCGUAGUAACCUGGAGAGACAGAUGAAUGUAGAUGUAUUUUGGUGUGUGCUAAUUCUUGUAAUCAUGUGCCUGUUUUCUGCUGUUGGGCAUGCCCUCUGGGUUUGGCAGUAUGGAGAGAAAAGACCAGUAUUUGAUGUCCUGGGAUCUGAUGGGAAAAAUGUGAAUCCAAUAGUUUCUUCAGUAUAUUUAUUUUUUACUAUGAUAAUAGUUUUUCAGGUCCUCAUUCCUGUCUCUCUCUAUGUUUCUAUUGAAAUUGUUAAAAUCUGCCAAGUGUACCUUAUUCACCAAGAUAAAGACUUGUACGAUGAAGAAACAGAUUCCCGUCUACAGUGUCGAGCACUAAACAUUACAGAAGACUUGGGACAGAUAAAGUACAUCUUCUCAGACAAAACUGGAACACUCACUGAAAACAAAAUGGUUUUCCGAAGGUGCACUGUCUCUGGAGUAGAGUAUUCCCAUGAUGCUAAUGCAAGGCGUCUAGCAAUGUACCAGGAAGCUGAAUCUGAAGAUGAUGACAAUGGACCAAAAGCAGGGACACUUCCCCGUCGUGAUAGCAGUGGCAGCCAUCACAGUCUCAAAGCUGUUAACAGGAGUCAAAGCACAAAAACUCAUAGACGUACUGGAAGCAGAGCUGAGGCUAUGAAAGCCAGCAUCCUGUCCAAGCACACAGCUUUUAGUAGCCCUAUGGAAAAAGAUGUUACUCCUGAUCCAAAAUUGCUAGAAAAGGUGAAUGAGUGUGCAAAGGUCUUGAAGAUUGUAAAGAAUCAUGAACAGCCAUUUUCUCAAGUCACACCUGAACUUUCAGAUGUCUUUGAUUUUUUUGUUGCGUUGACAAUCUGUAAUACUGUAGUUGUCACAUCUCCUAAUCAACCAAGACAAAAGGUCAGAGUUCGGUUUGAGUUAAAGUCUCCAGUGAAGACUAUAGAGGACUUUAUACGAAGAUUUACUCCUAGCCGGUUAACUUCUGGGUCCAAUAGCAGCAGUUCUUCUAGCCUUACUAAUAAAUCUAUGCACAGACAAGGAUCCAGUAUGUUAUCUACGAGUUCCAUUGAUGGCAGCUUUAUAAAGCUAGAAGGAAAGAUGUCUAGCUCUCUGCAGAUGAGUUUUAAUGGACUUAGCCCCCAACAGGAAACUAAAGCUACAGCCGAUAAGGCUUCAGGCGAAGGGCAGGAAGGGGAGUUGCGCUAUGAAGCAGAAAGCCCUGAUGAAGCUGCUCUUGUUUAUGCUGCUAAAGCCUAUAACUGUGCCCUUGUUGGUAGACUGUCUGACCAAGUUACAGUAGAGCUACCACAUUUAGGGAGAUUCACUUUCGAACUACUGCACACCCUGGGCUUUGACUCUGUCCGAAAAAGAAUGUCUGUUGUAGUUAGACAUCCACUUACAGAUGAAAUUGUUGUUUACACUAAAGGAGCAGAUACAGCUGUUCUGGACCUUAUUCAACCAUGUAGCAAAGACAAUUCUGCUGGAAAGUACCAAAGACGAAUCCUAUCCAAAACACAGAAUUACUUGAACUGCUAUGCUGUUGAUGGCCUGAGGACACUGUGUAUUGCAAAACGAGUUCUCAGUAAAGAAGAAUAUGCUUGCUGGUUGAAAUGUCAUUUACAAGCUGAAUCGUCUUUAGAGAAUCGGGAAGAUCUUCUAUUCCAAUCAGCAGUUCGCCUUGAGACCAAUCUGCAAUUGCUCGGUGCUACUGGAAUAGAAGAUCGUUUACAGGAUGGCGUUCCAGAGACUAUUACCAGGCUACGCAAAGCUGGUAUGCAGAUUUGGGUUCUGACUGGAGACAAGCAAGAAACUGCUGUAAAUAUUGGCUAUUCUUGCAAACUUCUGGAUCAUGAUGAUGAGAUCAUCACUUUAAAUGCAGGAUCCUUGGACGCCUGUGCUGCUUUGCUUGAACAGUGUUUGCACUAUGUAGAAACCAAAUUUUCCAGUGACCCAAAGGAGAACGCAGCUGGUCUUGGUAUUGGUUUUGUCCAGAGAAAACUACAGUGUUUUUCAGCAUCAAAGCAACCAAGUCUUGGCCUUGUAAUUGAUGGAAAGACAUUAGCUUUUGCACUAGACACAAAACAGGCCGAUAGAUUUCUUGCACUUGCCAGACAGUGUCGCUCUGUCCUCUGCUGCCGCUCUACCCCUCUUCAGAAGAGUAUGGUGGUUAAACUUGUCCGAGACAAGCUCAAAGCUAUGACAUUAGCUAUAGGGGAUGGCACCAAUGAUGUCAGCAUGAUUCAAGUUGCAGAUGUUGGUGUUGGAAUCUCUGGCCAGGAAGGAAUGCAGGCAGUCAUGGCCAGUGAUUUUGCUGUCCCGAGGUUCCGAUAUUUGGAGAAGCUUCUGCUCGUCCAUGGUCGAUGGUGCUAUUCGAGAUUAGCCAACAUGGUUUUGUAUUUCUUUUACAAGAAUGCGAUGUUUGUGGCUCUUCUGUUUUGGUACCAGUUCUACUGUGGGUUCUCAGGCUCAGCAAUGAUUGACCAGUGGUACCUGAUCUUCUUUAAUUUGUUAUUCUCAUCCAUUCCACAACUCGUUACUGGCAUUCUCGACAAAGAUUUACCAGCUGAGAUGUUGCUUGCUGUGCCUGAACUAUAUAAAAGUGGACAGAACAUGGAGGAAUACAAACCACACAUGUUUUGGCGUAAUAUGGUUGAUGCAUUCUACCAAAGCCUUGUGUGCUUUUUUAUCCCAUAUUUUACAUUUUAUGAUUCUGAUAUUGAUUUAUUUACUUGGGGGACGCCAAUAGUGACAUGUGCUCUUUUCACGAUCAUGCUGCACUUGGGGAUCGAAACCAAAACAUGGGUCAAGGUCAACAAAGAUCUAAUAUAA